GCGACGACGACCUAGGCCCAAAUCUGGCGAAUGGCACGUCCACCGAAAGUGAGGCACAAAUGUUGUUUGCAAUGAUAUAAGACUUGCCUGCCCAUUUCUUCCAGUCGAUCAUGGAUGAGGACGGCCUGGAUCUCUUCAAGAUGCCGACAACUUGAACCGCCCAUAGAACGGCCUGCAUUCGAGUUCGCUGUUACCUACUCCACCACUCACAAGAUUGGGAACUGUCCACGGAAAUGAUGGAGGACAAACUUCAGCUCGAAUCCACACAAAACCUUCCAGCGAGGGCCAUAGACCCUCUCAAGCUGAUAGGCCUGUUACGCUCCCAGUUUGGACUUGGUCGCUAUGAGAUAUCGAUGAUCAGAAGCUCCUACAACAUCCGCACCCCCAGACAGCUUUCUCUGGACGAAAUCGCACAGUGCAGAGGGAUCUAA